AUGGAGAGGGGUUUGCGACAACAGGACCCAUUGUCUCCCUUUCUAUUUGUAUUAGUAGUGGAUGUGCUUCAUCGGAUGAUUGGAGAGGCGGUAAGGAACAGACGUAUCUCUCCGCUACUAGUUGGACGGAAUAACAUUGAGUUGUCACACUUGCAGUUUGCGGAUGAUACUAUACUUUUUUACCCGACUGAAGAGGGGACGAUAAGGAAUUAUAAGCGGCUGCUCCGAUGUUUUGAACUGAUGUCUGGACUGAGUAUCAAUUUUGAGAAGUCCAGUAUUAUUCCGAUCAAUUGUGAUAGAAGUUGGGUCCGUCGGAUGUGUCACUUACUGAGCUGUAAGGAGGCAGCAUUGCCAGUCAAAUAUCUGGACAUUUUCUUGGGAGCAAAUCCAAGACUUGUUAGGACAUGGAAACCAGUGAUUGAUAAGGUAGAAGAAAAACUGAGUUUGUGGAAAGCAAAGACCUUCAACAAAGCGGGUAAGCUGGUACUCAUUAAGUCUGUUCUUAAUAGCCUGCAUGUUUACUAUCUCAGCUUAUAUAAGAUGCCGAAGACAGUGGCUGAGAAGUUGAUUUUCCUACAAAGAUGGUUCUUGUGGAGUACAGAGGAUGGGAGGAACGGGAUACCCCUCGUGAAAUGA